AAAAAUAAUAAAAGCUGUAAUCUAGUGUAGAUGUGCAUGAAUUCCCUGAAAACAAAAUAAUGUUCAGUUAAUAUGAAUUAAUUCAUGACAUUAAAACUGUUCUUGAACAAUUUGACUCUUAAAUUCGUAAAUCUUCUGUCUCGUACCUUAAAAUGGACAAGCGAGGAAAAAGACAUCAUUCUUCUUCGGACUCUGAAAGCGCUGAAGAGAGUCGCUUGAAAGAUUUAAAAGAACGAGACGAAUUCGCCAAAAGACUAAGAACACGUGAUGAGGACAAAGUAAAAAAAGUUGCAGAAGGCUCUAGUAAAAGAUCCUAUGAAGAAGCAGCAAAGCGUCUAAAAUUGGAAGCAGAAGGCAGAGACAAAAUAUUACCUAAGCUUCGUAUUCAAUCAAGACGAAAAUAUUUACAAAAGAGGAAGGAAGACAAGGUUGUUGAAUUAGAAGAUGAUAUAGCAGAUGAUGAAUAUCUUUUUGAUGAAAGCAUAUUGACAGAUAAAGAAAAACGAGACAGGGAGCAUAAGAAAACUAUAUUGCAGUUGGCUAAAGAACAUGAAAGGGCACGUGAAUUAGAAAAUGUUCAAAGGUACCACAUGCCACAAGAUCUUGGGAAAGGUGAAAAAGGAGAGUAUGUAGAAGUUGAUGAAAACGAAAAGUUACCACACUCAGAGCAAAGAAAAUGGGAACAAGAACAAAUUAAAUCAGCCUUUUUCAAAUUUGGUGCAAAAGAUGCAAAAGCUCAAGAAGAAUAUGAAUUAUUAUUGGAUGAACAAAUUGAUUUCAUACAAGCCCUUCAAUUAGAAGGCAACAAAGAAAAAAAAGAAGAAGAAAAGAUAUCAGAACACCAAAAAGCUAGACUAACAAUAGAGGAAACAAAAAAGUCAUUGCCUGUAUUUCCUUUUAAGAAAGCUUUGAUUGAAGCAAUAAAAAAUUAUCAAAUUCUUAUAGUUGAAGGAGAAACUGGUUCAGGCAAAACUACACAAAUACCACAAUAUUUGUAUGAGGCUGGAUUUACUGAUGAUGGUAAAAAAAUUGGAUGCACUCAACCAAGAAGGGUAGCUGCUAUGUCAGUAGCAGCCAGAGUAGCCCAGGAGAUGAAUAUUAAACUAGGCAAUGAGGUUGGCUACAGUAUAAGAUUUGAAGAUUGCACAUCUGAUAGAACUGUCAUCAAAUACAUGACAGAUGGUACACUCCACAGAGAAUUUUUAUCAGAACCAGAUUUAGCAUCUUAUAGUGUUAUGAUUAUUGACGAAGCACAUGAGCGUACUUUGCAUACUGACAUUUUAUUUGGUUUAGUAAAAGAUAUAACCAGAUUUAGACCAGAUUUAAAAUUGUUGAUUUCAAGUGCUACAUUAGAUGCUGAAAAGUUUUCCACAUUUUUUGAUGAUGCCCCUAUAUUUAGAAUUCCUGGUAGAAGGUUCCCUGUUGAUAUGUAUUAUACAAAAGCCCCAGAGGCAGACUACAUAGAUGCUUGUGUGGUAACAGUAUUACAAAUUCAUGCCACUCAACCACUUGGUGAUGUUCUAGUUUUCUUAACGGGUCAAGAAGAAAUUGAAACAUGUGUUGAAAUGUUACAAGAAAGAACAAAAAGAAUUGGCAAAAAAUUAAAGGAGCUUGUUAUUUUACCUGUUUAUGCAAAUUUACCAAGUGAUAUGCAAGCAAAAAUAUUUGAGCCCACUCCUGAAGGAGCUCGUAAGGUAGUGCUUGCUACCAACAUUGCUGAGACAUCACUUACAAUUGACAAUAUUAUUUAUGUUAUUGAUCCAGGAUUUGCUAAACAAAAUAACUUUAAUUCUAAAACUGGCAUGGAAAGUUUAAUGGUGGUUCCAAUUUCUAAGGCUUCAGCAAAUCAAAGAGCAGGUAGAGCUGGCAGAGUUGCACCUGGAAAAUGUUUCAGACUUUACACAGCAUGGGCAUAUAAGUAUGAACUAGAAGACAAUACUGUCCCUGAAAUCCAAAGAAUUAAUCUAGGAAAUGCAGUGCUUACAUUGAAAGCUUUGGGGAUCAAUGAUCUUAUACAUUUUGAUUUUUUAGAUCCCCCUCCACAUGAAACCCUAGUUUUAGCCUUAGAGCAAUUGUAUGCACUGGGUGCACUGAACCAUCAUGGUGAAUUGACAAAAGCUGGUAGACGAAUGGCAGAAUUCCCUACUGAUCCUAUGCUAGCCAAAAUGUUAUUAGCUAGUGAAAAAUACAAGUGUUCAGAAGAAAUAGUUUCUAUAGCUGCUAUGUUAUCAGUUAAUAGCUCGGUUUUUUACAGGCCAAAAGAUAAAAUUAUACAUGCAGAUACUGCAAGGAAAAAUUUUUUUCACAGACAUGGUGACCAUUUAACAUUAAUGAAUGUCUAUAAUCAAUGGGUUGAUUCAGACUAUUCUGUGCAAUGGUGUUAUGAAAAUUUCAUACAAUACAGAUCUAUGAAAAGAGCGCGGGAUGUACGUGAACAGCUAGUUGGACUUAUGGAAAGGGUAGAAAUUGAGAUGCUAUCUAGUGUAUCUGAUGACACAAAUAUCCGAAAAGCUAUUACUGCUGGAUAUUUUUAUCACAUUGCCAAAUUUUCCAAAGGAGGACAUUAUAAAACUGUUAAACAUAAUCAAACAGUUAUGAUUCACCCCAACAGUGCCUUGUUUGAGGAGUUACCUAGAUGGGUAAUCUACCAUGAGCUUGUUUUUACCUCCAAGGAAUUUAUGAGACAAGUUACAGAAAUAGAAAGCAAGUGGCUUUUAGAAGUGGCACCACAUUACUACAAGGCUAAGGAACUAGAAGAUUCAACUAAUAAAAAAAUGCCUAAAACUGUUGGAAAAUCUGCCAAUAGCAGUCAAUAAAUGUUCAAAUAUUAAA